CCCCUAGCGUCAGGGACCGGAAGUGGGCGUUGCCGGGGCGUGGCUAUAGGACGAAGGCGGCGGUGGGGAGAGCGCCUCUCGAUUGAGCACUUGGAUUCAGCUCCUUCGUUUUCAGCAUGGAAGACACUUACAUCGACUCCCUGGACCCUGAAAAGUUAUUACAGUGCCCCUAUGAUAAAAACCACCAGAUCAGGGCCUGCAGGUUUCCUUAUCAUCUUAUCAAGUGCAGAAAGAAUCAUCCUGAUGUCGCAAACAAAUUGGCUACUUGUCCCUUCAAUGCUCGCCACCAGGUUCCUCGGGCUGAAAUCAGUCAUCAUAUCUCAAGUUGUGAUGACAAGAGUUGUAUUGAGCAGGAUGUGGUUAACCAAACCCGGAACCUUGGACAAGAGACUCUGGCUGAGAGCACAUGGCAGUGCCCUCCUUGUGAUGAAGACUGGGAUAAAGAUUUGUGGGAACAGACUAGCACCCCAUUUGUCUGGGGCACAGCCAACUUCUGUGGCAACAACAGUCCUGCAAGCAACAUAGUCAUGGAACAUAAGAGUAACCUGGCUUCAGGCAUGCGGGUUCCCAAGUCUCUGCCGUAUGUUCUGCCAUGGAAAAACAAUGGAAAUGCACAGUAACUGAAUAUCUUAAAUGCCAGGUCCUAGAAGACUCUUGCUUCUUCCUGCUACCCAAGGGUUCUUCAUUUUUUUCUCCUUAUCUAAUAAUAGAAUGAUAAAUUGUCUGUGACUUUCAAACUGACAAGUACCUUUUUUUCUUCCCCGCUUUGAAUUCUCAUUCAUUUGAUGCAAGAACCCUCAUACUCAGAAGAACUUGCAUCAAUCCUUCUGAAAAUGACUUCCUUGAUAAGCCAUCAAGGUAGAUAACUUGAUAGUUUGGUUAAGUUCAUGCAGCCCCAAAAAUCAAAAAUCACAUCCCAAACAUAAUGAUUCGAAGUUAUGUCAAAAGUUCUUGCAAAAGCCAGACAUGGUGGUGCCCGCCUGCAAUCCCAGCCAUUCAGGAGGCUGAGGCAGGAGGAUUCAACUUUACAGGCCAGCCCUCAGCAGCUUAGGGAGAUCCUUAGCAACUUUGCAAGACCUUGCCUAAAAAUAAAAGGACUAGGAUGUAGCUCAGUGGUAAAGUGCCUCUGGGUUCAAUCCUUAGUGUACACACACACAGCCAAAAAAAAAAAAAAA